AUGUUUUCAUCCAACUCAACGCCAUCGUUCAGCAUGUCAAUGCCCUCGGUCCCGGUGUCUGCACCCGAUAACCUUCUCUACAUCGACGAAAUCCUCGAGAACAUUCUCCGAGUCGAUCAGCGCACUCUCCUGCGCGCCCAAGGCGUGAAUCGGUUCUUCUACAAUUGCAUCCAGGACUCUCAGCCUCUGCAAGGUCACCUCCUCUUCCGUUCCGUCACCCCGCUUGUCUCCGGAGAGUCGGACGAGGCCGAAGAAAGCGCGGCAAGAUGGACAAUCAACCCUUUGCUGCGCAGCUCGUUAAUUCCCCUUGUUGCAAUCCAGACACCUGAUCAUACCCGAACCCAUCGUACGCUUUGCGGCAAUUACUCGCUAGAUCUUUCGACAGAUCCUCAAUCGCAUCUUUGUGUGCUUGUUACCGAUAUUGGAACCAUUAACGCUUUCAGUGGUGAACGUGUCGUGGACGGGCCGUCUCCAGCGCAUCAAACUCCACCAGCUGCACCGGCAGUCUCAAGUCACUUCCCGGAUCAACAACCUACUACAAGUGCACCUUCUGGGAGGCUCUUUACCCAGCGGCAAGAUAGUGAGCGGGCAAUAGAUCAAGACGACUUCGACUAUGCAGGAUCUGAGGAUGGGGAUGGGGAUGCCGUGGCUCCACAUACGGGAUACUACAUGCAGUCUCCGACUGGUCUGACAUUAGGACAUUUGCCUGAUUUAACGUACCAUAUCUGCGCGCCUCGAGAUGGAGAUCGUAGCCACAGCGGAAAGGUGUGGGUCGCCCGGGCUAUACACAUCUCGAGCGCGAGCAGUAACGCCGAAAGCGGCCACAGCUUGGCGACGAAAUGUGACCUGGAACUGAUAGUGGUGGUGGGAGAUGUCAAGAAGGUGGCAGUGGAGCGGCCUGUGACUCGAGAAGACCUUCAUGAUGGAAAAGGUGCGGCUGCUUAUAGAUGA